ACAGCCCACGACGAUGUCCAAAACAACAAAUUAGUGAAUUUGGCAACGAAUGUCAUGUUUUUAUUAAAGACGAAAAUAAUGCAAUUUUUUAAUAGGAAAACACUUGUGCAUCGGAACCCGGUUACGGCAUUAUUAAAAUGAAAUUGUUACAUAAAGAUAUCGAUAAAGGGGGUCAGGGUGUUGUCACUCUGAUCCCUGAGGAACCGGAGGACAUGUGGCACGCGUACAACCUUAUAUCCGAGGGUGACUCGGUUAAGAGCUCGACUAUUAGGAAAGUCCAGUCUGAGUCUUCGACAGGGUCUUCCACCUCGAACAGGGUCAGGACUACUUUGGCAAUAUCUGUGGAAAGUAUUGAUUUUGAUACUCAGGCCUGCAUGUUACGGUUGAAAGGUAGAAACAUUGAGGAGAACCAGUAUGUUAAAAUGGGUGCGUACCAUACAUUAGACUUGGAACUGAACAGGAAAUUUAUACUUUGCAAACCCGAGUGGGACUCGGUAGCACUGGAAAGGAUCGAAAUCGCUUGUGACCCCACUAAAUCCGCUGAUGUAGCCGCGGUGAUAAUGCAGGAGGGUCUCGCUCAUGUCUGCUUGAUAACCUCGAGUAUGACCCUGGUCAGGGCAAAAAUCGAUGUGAACAUCCCGCGUAAACGAAAGGGGUUCGCCCAACAGCACGAGAAAGGUUUGGCAAAGUUCUACGAGCAAGUGAUGCAAGCGAUAUUGAGACACGUGGACUUUGACGUGGUGAAAUGCGUGCUGGUCGCCUCCCCCGGUUUUGUCAGGGAUCAAUUCUUCGAGUACAUGUUCCAAAUGGCCGUCAAAACCGAUAAUAAAGUGCUGCUAGACAAUAAGUCGAAGUUUAUGCUGGUGCAUUCGUCUUCGGGGUUCAAACACUCACUGAAAGAGGUGCUACAAGAUCCCGCUGUCAUGAGCCGGAUUUCUGACACUAAAGCUUUAGGUGAAGUCAAGGCUCUCGAGCAGUUUUAUACGAUGCUACAGUGCGAACCUGCCAAAGCUUUUUAUGGGAAAAAACAUGUUGAGAAAGCCAACGAGGCUCAGGCUAUUGAAACUUUGUUGAUCUCCGAUAAACUUUUCAGAUGUGAGGAUAUUAAGUUAAGGAAAGAAUAUGUUAAUUUAGUGGACUCGGUAAAGGAUUCCGGUGGGGAUGUGAGGAUAUUUUCCAGUAUGCAUGUCUCCGGAGAACAGCUCGAGCAACUGACCGGAGUGGCUGCUAUCCUUCGCUUCCCCAUGCCCGAAAUAGACGAGGACAGCGAGGAAGAGGGAGAUGGCACCAAUUAAUUUUUGUUUGUAGUUAAUUUUACGAAAAAAUUAAAGGGGCCAAUGUGUUUAUAGAUGUCCCCCCCUCAACAAAAAAAUUAUUUUAUUUAUUUUCUCUCGAUUGAUUGAUUGUUUUAUUUGUUGCUUAAAUUGAAUCAUUAUUUAACUGUAUUUUCUAUAAUGUACAUUUUAUUUAUUUUAACUUUAUACAGGUAAUGAAUGAAAUAUAGCCGAUUGUCUAUAUGUUAAA